AUGGCUCCACCAGAGAUUAAUCCGGGUUCCAACAUGUCAGACGGGCUUUCAGGAAUCAGAGAUUCAAAAGUUAGCUCAUGGCCGGACGUCCGAAACCCUGCCAGUUUACGAUGUAAGCGCAAGGCUUCAGACCAGACAUUAGACGAACACGCCGACCCCGAAAAUCCUGACUUCUUUUUGGAAAACUUCGAUGUUGAAAAGAAAACGCGAAAGAUCAUGGCACAAGAGAGCUUUCCUCGACAACGAUUUGGACGGCCGUGCGACUCUUUUGAUAAAUACUGCGACCCAGCGAAUCCGGUGAUUGUCCGCGGCGAGCAAAUUCUCGAUGCGACGCAUAGAAUCAAGUCCGGCAUCAUUCGAACCCCCUGUAAUUAUUCGAAGAUGUCCAGAACACUUGGUCUAGACUUGUACCUCAAGAAGGAUUACUUGCAAGUUACAGGCAGUUUCAAAGAGCGAGGCGCACGAUAUGCAUUGAUAAAAUUAAACAAGGAUCAGCGAAUGAAGGGAGUUAUCUCUACCUCAGCCGGUAACCAUGCACAAGCACUGGCUUAUCAUGGACGAGACCUCGGAAUUCCCGUAACUGUCUGUAUGCCAAAAAUCGCUCCUCUUGUAAAGGUUGAAAGCUGCCGCGAAAUGGGUGCAGAAGUCAUUCUCUACGGCGAUUCUUUCGACGAAACCCGCGACCACGCAAUGAAAAUUUCAGCUGAGCGCGAUCUCACCUACAUCAACGGAUUCGAUCAUCCCGACGUCAUUGCUGGACAAGGAUCCGUCGGUGUUGAAAUCCUCGAUGAUGUACCUGACGUUGAAUACAUCAUCGUUCCCGUCGGCGGUGGAGGCCUCAUCGCCGGAAUCGCGAAAGCUGUCAAGCAUCUGAAACCCGACGUUAAAAUUAUCGGAGUUGAAUCAGAGCGAUGCCCAAGCUGGCAAACCCGUCAAAUGCUCGGAAAGCACACAAAGUGUGUAUGGUCCCAGUGGGGUGCGAAAAACACUAUCGCCGACGGCUUAGCUGUUGCUGAAGUUGGCUGCAAUGCUUAUGCCACGUGCAAUGAUCUGCUUGAGAAGGUCAUUUCGAUUUCUGAAGACUGGAUUUCGAUUGCGAUUCUGAGACUUCUUGAGAAAGAAAAAGCCGUGACCGAAGGUGGAGGUGCAGCAGGUGUUGCGGCCAUUAUCGCCAAUGCUCUUCCAGAAUUGCGGGGAAAAAAAGUAUGCACUGUACUUUGUGGAGGAAACAUCGAUGCAUCGACGCUCACUCGUGUUAUCGACAGAGGACUCACCGCGGAAGGAAGAAUUAUGCGUUUCACUGUCAAUGUUCAAGAUCGCCCUGGAGGAAUGGUCGAAAUGCUCAAAAUUGUUUCUGAUGUCGGUGCUAGUGUAAAAGAAGUUCAACACGACCGAAUGUUGCUGACUGCAUUUGUUUAUAAAGUCGCUCUGAUCGCAACUGUAGAAACUCGAGGUCGUGAAAAUGCGCAGGAACUGGUGCACAAGCUAAAGGAGAGAUACAACGACGAAGUCACCUUCCAUACUGUCAGCGCCUGCCACUACGGAGAACCUACUCCUGCUAUGCUUGCCCAGUCAGCUGAUCCCACGCAAGAAACAGUCUCGGAAGAAAAUCUUGGAUAA